AUGGACUGGAACAACCGAUAUAAUCGGAUCUACCAGGCCGUGCAGCAGUCUUGCGGUUUCAAUGCCCGUUCUUUCUAUUCUCAAAUCAAUGGUUGGACGGAAGAUUUGAUUGUGAUCACCGUGAUAGUGCUCAGUUCAGACGCUUUGCUACCGAACUCCCACUUUAAAAAUAUACAAGCUUCCGAGUUUUUGAGAUACUGCGAGGGAGAACAUGAUAAUCAGGAAGAUAUUUUCAAGUGUUUGCACAACUUGAUUGCGGCAUUGCCUCAAAAUGCCGAUCGUUCGAUAAAAGCUAAAGCUUUGAACCAAAUUCAUGAAUCAGUUUCCAAAUAUAAUGUAUUCAGCGAUUUUGAGUUUCAGGCCCUACUGUUCAUUUUUCAAUCCCAGCUUGGCAAUAAUGUCAGUUCAAAGCCGAAGGCAGAUCAGCUAGUCGCCAAAAUACACGCUAAAAUUGAAGCUCGUUUGAAAAGAGAUAACGUGUUAACUCCGUACACUUCAUUCUUACAAAAUCUGAAAUACCUGAUUCUUUCAAUACAGCUGGCAAGGUUUCGAUCUACUGAUAAAUGGUCCGCAUAUUUGACGACCUCUUAUCAACUCAUCAAUGAAGGAAUUUUGGAUUCUUCUCCUGCUAAUGUUCCACUUCUCCUAUGGUACAAUUCAAAUUCAGAUAUCUUUUCUCUAAUUCCUCUUUUUACAAAAUCACUACUUUUGGAACCUUACGGUUACUCUAAAAACUCUAUAUUACAGAGAUUGCGACUUUAUUUUCUUACCCGAGAUAAAUCGGAGACAAUGGUUAAACAGCUAGAUUUCAAUGAUUCAAUGACUAAAGUCCUCAGAUAUCUGGCAUUUGAUAAAAUUUUCAAGUUAUCAAAAUCCUCUGGCGCUGGCUUAUCACUAUUUUCAAUUCAUAGCGAAUUAUCUUUAGAUGAUAGCCAGUACCAACGAAUCUUCAAUAACCUUAUCGAUUUGAACAUAAUUUUUACAUCUAGAAAGUUUUCCACUGUUAAGAUUUCAACUUUACUAAAGCUUUUUCAAGUUCAAGAUACUGGGUACAAUUCUUCUCAAUUGAUUGAUGCGGUAUCCAGUUUAUCAAGGGACAAGAAGGUUGUGGUGAGGAUAGACCAGUGCGAUGAAAUCUUGUCUUUUCCGUUGCUACAGAAGGGAGAAUUUGAGACAAUAGAUUCGUUAUUCACACAUACUCUCCCACAAGCAUUGGAAAGAGACUGGGAUAAACUAAUUAUGGGAGAUUAG